AUGAAGAUCUGCGUGACUACCAUUCUGUCAAUCGCCCUCCUUUUGGGUAACUCUGUCAAACUCAGAGCUUCUGUUACUGAGCCGGUUCCCUCGGAUGGUGAAGGCCCUGCGUCUCAGGUGAGUCAGCAGUGCUGCCAGGGACCUGCUGCAGUACCUGGUAUACCGGGUUUGCCUGGUCCAGCAGGACCGAUGGGGCCGUACGGUCAGCCGGGGUCAAAGGGUGAUUUAGGCCAGCAAGGUCACAAAGGUGAGAUUGGACAGAUUGGACCUAUGGGUGAGCGGGGAGCACCUGGGAACACUGGGUCUAAAGGUGACGAUGGAAUUGGCCUGCCCGGAAAGAUAGGUCCGAGAGGCCCAACGGGUCUUGUUGGAGCAGCCGGUCAGGCUGGUGUCAAAGGUCAGAAGGGUGAGCCAGGGGAGACACCAGACGACUCCAACCAGCGGGUGGCAUUCACCGUGGUGAGGACGAGCAGCUCGGAUGAAUCUACAAGUGUCGACACCCGUUUGCCCUUCCAGCAGACCGAGACGCUUCUGCCGGGUACCACCUUCGAUCUCGAGACCGGCACGUUCACCUGUAGUGUGCCGGGUACCUACGUAUUUACGUUUUCUGUUCUUAAGAAUGGCAACAGCGGUAGCUUUAACAUUCAUCUUGUUAAAAACAACCACAAGGUGAUUUCCACCUAUGGUCAAGCAAAUCAACGAGGUCAGUUGUCUGGAAGUGCGGUGCUGGUUCUGCAGCGUGGAGAUACGGUGUAUGUUACCAUGUACGGUAGGGCGUUUAGUGAUUUCACCUAUCACUACACCUCAUUCAGUGGUUUCCUCCUGUACCCGGAUUCAGACGACAACCCGAGAGAACUGUUUGCAAGAUCGAACAAGAAUUGCACGAUGAAGAUCUGCGUGGCCACCAUUCUGUCAAUCGCCCUCCUUCUCGGUAACUCUGUCAAGCUCCGAGCUUCCGUUACUGGGCCGGUUCCCUCGGAUGGCGAUGGUCCUGCGUCUCAGGUGUGUCAGCAGUGCUGCCAGGGACCUGCUGCAAUACCCGGCAUACCAGGUCUGCCUGGCCCAGCAGGACCGAUGGGGCCGUACGGUCAGCCGGGGUCAAAGGGUGAUGCAGGUCCGAGAGGGCUACCUGGCUUUGUUGGAGGAACUGGGGAAACUGGUGUCAAAGGUCAGAAGGGUGAGCCAGGGGAGACACCAGACGACUCCAACCAGCGGGUGGCAUUCACCGUGGUGAGGACGAGCAACUCGGAUACCUCUACGAGUCACGACACCCGUUUGCCAUUCCAGCAGGCCGAGACACUUCUGCCGGGUACUAGUUUCGAUCUCGAGACCGGCACUUUUACCUGUAGUGUACCGGGCACCUACUUAUUUAUGUUUUCUGUACUUAAGUAUAGCAACAGCGGUAGCCUUCACAUCCAUCUUGUUAAAAACGACUACAAGGUGAUCACUACCUAUGGUGAAUCAAAUCAACGUGGUCAGUUGUCUGGUAGCGCGGUGAUGGUCCUGCAGCAGGGAGACACGGUGUAUCUUACCACGUACGGUAAGGCGCGUAGUGAUUCCACCUAUCACCACACCUCAUUCAGUGGCUUCAUCCUUUUCUCCGAAUAAAUAAAUAAUUAAAUAAAUAAAAUUAAAUCACAACGCAUAAAUAUACAGUAGCAGUGCUGCAU